CUGUGUUAGCUAGUUAACAGUGAAUGCUAAAGAGCUGAACUCGGAAUACUUAUUGAAUAAAAAGUAAAUAAUUAUCAAAUACAAGCAAAAUUAGCGGCGACAUUUGAGGAAUAAGGUGAAAGGUAUUUCUGUCUUUUAGUGGGAUGUUUAUGGUUUUCAAUGGCAUUCAUUAGCUGUGUUUUUCUUGGGAGUGCUUGCCGGUUAAGCUAACUAAACCUGCAUGAGUUAGGAAAUUAAACAUUCUCACAAGAAAAACCCUGUGACUCCUAGAAUGGACAGUAGCCCGGUUUAUGUCCGUGAAAAAGGCUCCCUUCGUCGUGUCAGUGACAUUGUGCUUGCUCAGCCAAAGCCAGUGUCAUCAUCAUGCCGGCGGACAAACCCAUUUGUGCUGAGAAAAGACCACUUUAUAUUCACCUACAAUGCAGAGGGAAGUCUGAGGUACACCUCCAAAUCUCUCUUUGACAUAACUCUGACAUUCGUAGCUGGUAACAUUCAGCAUGUAGAUUCUCUGGUGGGCUUUCCAGAGCAGAUUGGAGACAGACUUUUUGCAGCAGCAGAGGAGAAUCGAACAUUUUUAAACCCAGACAUUUCCUCCAAAGCCCUGCAGUUGUUCAGUGAGGCUUAUGGGGAAAUGGUCCUGGAGUCCCUUUGUUUAAGAAAUAGAUUUCCACUUUUUCAUGAGAGGUUGAAUGAAAUCAAAACAUUUCAUGGCUUGAAGUCUCUAGAUUUGUUUGGCUGCAGACUGGGUGACGAUCAUGAGAUAUUCCAGCACCUGACGUCAAACCCAUUAGCAAGCCUGAAUCGGCUUUUCAUUGGAGGCAACAGUCUGUCAGACAUUGGCUUGCAAAGACUGACUGCACCCAUCCGGAUGAUGAGAAAGGGGCUGGACUGUCUGAAGUCCCUUGAUGUUUCCUACAAUCCUGUCACAGAGAGAGCUUUCAGAUAUCUAACAUGCCUGCCCAAACUUGAAAAACUAGAUGUAUCUGGGACUGGUAUGAAGCUUGGCCCAGGACUGAAGAGAGUCAUGCAGGACCUGCUGGGGCUCAUUUAUUCUGAGAAACCACUGGAUACUUUCGAUCACUCAAAAUGUAAAACUGAGGGUUGGGCAGAGCAGGUUGUAAAUCAGUGGGAAACAAAUGGUACUCAAAUGCCAAAACUCAAGAAACUUGAAGAAUCAAGAACAUCAGCACUACGCUUUUUUGGCAGGCAGAAGUUCGUCAGAGAGGUGCUAAAGGCAACACCUUUGGUCUGUGAGAGUGAAGGCAACACCAACACAGAGACGCUGCAUUUCUACAAACCCUCAGUGAUCGGCUGCACGCAAGAGAAACAUAAUAGUUCUGCAGUAUGUGAUGACAAGCAUUAUUGGCACAACUACAAAAAAAGGCAGCGUCAGGUUGAAAGGUGUGACACUGUUCAUGAAAGCCCUCCGACCAAACGUUUGUCCUCUUUGGCUUUUUCAGCUGAGGACAUGGACUUGUUGAACAGCUAUUGAGUAACGUACUCAUAUGCACGACGACCUACAUUUACACUUAAAAGGACCAGAAUGAUGUCACACUCAGGAAGAUCUUUUCUGGCUACAUUGACUUUGUUAUAGAGUUUUAUAAAUAAAGUUCAGUAUUACGCAUUUG